UAGUUUGCAAGGAUUUCAAAAAUUCAGUUAUUUAUCAGUACAUGUGAAUUUAUCGAUCUUUGUUUGCAAUACUUCCUGGAAAGAAUGAAAAGAUGGAUUCAGACUGUUCUAAAAUAAAGUAAUUGACGGAAGAUCUACAACAUAUUGACUGCAAAGGUUGUAGUAGCCCAUCAGAGGCAAGUCCAUGAGGAAUGUGUGCGGAGCACCAGCAACGGGCAUUGUAAAACCAAAUGAACCCUUUCAUUAUGGCAACUUUUCUGCUGGGAUUCAUCCUGCUUAUUCAACUUUCGUAUGUACUUCCAAAACCUGUUACAAAUGCAGAGUCAGGAGAAAUUUAUCAACAGCCCUUUGAACACUUGAGAAAGGAUUAUUUGGAUUCACGUUGUUGGCCAGGAAAUGUUACUAAUAACAGAACUUUUCAAUGUCUGCCUCAGACUGUUAUUAUAGGAGUCCGAAAAGGUGGAACCAGAGCACUGAUUGAAAUGCUUAGCCUUCAUCCUGACAUUGCAGCAGCUGAGAGUGAACUGCAUUUCUUUGACUGGGAGGAAAAUUAUAAGAAAGGAUUGCAGUGGUAUGCUAAUCAAAUGCCAUUUUCACGGCCUGAUAAAAUCACAGUAGAAAAGACACCAGCAUAUUUUACCUCUCCUAAAGUGCCUGAGAGAAUCUAUCAUAUGAACAAAACAAUAAAGCUUUUACUUAUCCUUAGAGACCCUGCUGAAAGAGUACUGUCUGACUACACUCAGUUGCUGCACAAUCAUAUACAGAAGGGCAAAUCUUUUCCUCCUAUUGAGACAUUUUUAAUUAACAUAGAUGGGAAGAUAAAUCUUGAUUACAAAGCGGUAAACCGGAGUCUGUACUAUGUUCACAUGCAGAACUGGUUGAAGUACUUUAAUUUGGAGGAUAUACACAUCGUGGAUGGGGAUAAAUUAAUCCGAGAUCCCUUUCCAGAAGUAGAAAAAGUGGAGAGGUUUUUAAAUCUUUCUCCGCAGAUACAGGCGUCCAACUUUUAUUUUAAUAAAACAAAAGGCUUUUAUUGUUUAUGGGAUGGUGUUCGUGAGCGGUGCUUACAUGAAUCAAAAGGAAGGACUCACCCACAUGUAAACCCUGGAGUGCUUAAUAAACUGUAUCAGUUCUUUCAUGAGCCAAACAAGAAAUUCUUUGAGCUUGUCGGCAGGCCUUUUGACUGGCAUUAAAUACGUGCUUGUGACUCAGACUGAGUUUGCAAACCAGAAUCUGUUCAAGCUAUACAUAUACAGUAUUACAGACUGUGAAGAACAAAAUCUAUAAUUUAUUUGUAAACCUAUAGAGUUGAUAUAUAUGUACAGCAGUAUAUUUGUUUUAAGUAAACUAGGUAUAUUUUUCUAUAUUACAAGUUUAUAGCAAUUUUACGUUGGAAAAAAUAUAUAUUGGUUAUGUCUGUACAGACACUGACUAAAAUAUUAGAAAAGUAUGAAAUGUUUUUAAUACUAAUGUCUCCUUUUUUAGGAGAAUCAAUUUACUAUAUAUAUAUGGCACAUGAUGUGCAGUUCCGCAGUCUGACUGUCAAACAUCUGGUCUUCACAAGCAUAACCUUGUGUCCCAGUGAGUAAUGUUUCAUACUUAAGAGUUCGAAAACUUAUUAUUUGCUCCUGUCAUGAAUUGUCAAGGAGUGCAAAGCCAUGCUUUUGUUAAUAAAAUUAUUGAUAACCUUUCA